AUGUUAUUGUUACACUUCCCUCUCCUCAGACGCUUCCCUCUCCUCAGACGCUUCCCUCUCCUCAGACGCUUCCCUCUCCCCAGACACUUCCCUCUCCUCAGACGCUUCCCUCUCCUCAGACGCUUCCCCCUCCCCAGACGCUUCCCACUCCCCAGACGCUUCCCUCUCCUCAGACGCUUCCCACUCCUCAGACGCUUCCCUCUCCCCAGACACUUCCCUCUCCCCAGACACUUCCCUCUCCUCAGACGCCUCCCUCUCCUCAGACACUUCCCUCUCCUCAGACGCUUCCCCCUCCCCAGACGCUUCCCACUCCUCAGACGCUUCCCUCUCCUCAGCCACUUCCCUCUCCCCAGACACUUCCCUCUCCUCAGACGCUUCCCUCUCCUCAGACGCUUCCCUCUCCUCAGACGCUUCCCUCUCCCCAGACACUUCCCUCUCCUCAGACGCUUCCCUCACCCCAGACACUUCCCUCUCCUCAGACGCUUCCCUCUCCCCAGACACUUCCCUCUCCUCAGACGCUUCCCUCACCCCAGACACUUCCCUCUCCUCAGACGCUUCCCUCUCCUCAGACGCUUCCCUCUCCCCAGACACUUCCCUCUCCUCAGACGCCUCCCUCUCCUCAGACACUUCCCUCUCCUCAGACGCUUCCCCCUCCCCAGACGCUUCCCACUCCCCAGACGCUUCCCUCUCCUCAGACGCUUCCCGCUCCUCAGACGCUUCCCUCUCCCCAGACACUUCCCUCUCCCCAGACACUUCCCUCUCCUCAGACGCCUCCCUCUCCUCAGACACUUCUCUCUCCUCAGACGCUUCCCCCUCCCCAGACGCUUCCCACUCCUCAGACGCUUCCCUCUCCUCAGACACUUCCCUCUCCCCAGACACUUCCCUCUCCUCAGACACUUCCCACUCCCCAGACGCUUCCCUCUCCCCAGACACUUCCCACUCCCCAGACACUUCCCUCUCGUCAGACGCUUCCCACUCCUCAGACGCUUCCCCCUCCCCAGACGCUUCCCUCUCCUCAGACGCUUCCCUCUCCUCAGACGCUUCCCCCUCCCCAGACACUUCCCCUCUCCCCAGACGCUUCCCUCUCCUCAGACGCUUCCCCUCCCCAGACACUUCCCACUCCCCAGACACUUCCCUCUCCUCAGACGCUUCCCUCUCCUCAGACGCUUCCCACUCCUCAGACGCUUCCUUCUCCCCAGACGCUUCCCUCUCCUCAGACGCUUCCCUCGCCUCAGACACUUCCCUCUCCCCAGACACUUCCCUCUCCUCAGACACUUCCCACUCCCCAGACGCUUCCCUCUCCCCAGACACUUCCCACUCCCCAGACACUUCCCUCUCGUCAGACGCUUCCCACUCCUCAGACGCUUCCUUCUCCCCAGACGCUUCCCCCUCCUCAGACGCUUCCCUCUCCUCAGACGCUUCCCCCUCCCCAGACACUUCCCCUCUCCCCAGACGCUUCCCUCUCCUCAGACGCUUCCCCCUCCCCAGACACUUCCCACUCCCCAGACACUUCCCUCUCCUCAGACGCUUCCCUCUCCUCAGACACUUCCCUCUCCUCAGACACUUCCCACUCCCCAGACGCUUCCCUCUCCCCAGACACUUCCCACUCCCCAGACACUUCCCUCUCACGCUUCCCCCUCCCCAGACACUUCCCCUCUCCCCAGACGCUUCCCUCUCCUCAGACGCUUCCCCCUCCCCAGACACUUCCCACUCCCCAGACACUUCCCUCUCCUCAGACGCUUCCCUCUCCUCAGACGCUUCCCACUCCUCAGACGCUUCCUUCUCCCCAGACGCUUCCCUCUCCUCAGACGCUUCCCUCGCCUCAGACACUUCCCUCUCCCCAGACACUUCCCUCUCCUCAGACACUUCCCACUCCACAGACGCUUCCCUCUCCCCAGACACUUCCCACUCCCCAGACACUUCCCUCUCGUCAGACGCUUCCCACUCCUCAGACGCUUCCUUCUCCCCAGACGCUUCCCUCUCCUCAGACGCUUCCCUCUCCUCAGACGCUUCCCCCUCCCCAGACACUUCCCCUCUCCCCAGACGCUUCCCUCUCCUCAGACGCUUCCCCCUCCCCAGACACUUCCCACUCCCCAGACACUACCCUCUCCUCAGACGCUUCCCUCUCCUCAGACGCUUCCCUCUCCUCAGACGCUUCCUUCUCCCCAGACGCUUCCCUCUCCUCAGACGCUUCCCUCGCCUCAGACACUUCCCUCUCCUCAGACGCUUCCCUCUCCCCAGACACUCCCCUCUCCCCAGACACUUCCCUCUCCCCAGACGCUUCCCUCUCCUCAGACACUUCCCUCUCCUCAGACACUUCCCUCUCCCCAGACACUUCCCUCUCCUCAGACGCUUCCCUCUCCUCAGACGCUUCCCUCUCCUCAGACGCUUCCCCCUCCUCAUACGCUUCCUUCACCCCAGACACUUCCCCCUCCCCAGACGCUUCCCCCAACCCCAGACGCUUCCCUCUCCUCAGACGCUUCCCUCUCCUCAGACACUUCCCUCUCCUCAGACACUUCCCUCUCCUCAGACACUUCCCCCUCCCCAGACGCUUCCCGCCCCUCAGACGCUUCUCCCUCCUUAGACGCUUCCCUCUCCUCAGACACUUCCCUCUCCUCAGACGCUCCCUUCUCCCCAGACGCUUCCCUCUCCUCAGACGCUUCCCUCUCCCCAGACACUUCCCUCUCCUCAGACACUUCCCUCACCCCAGACACUUCCCUCUCCUCAGACGCACGCUUCCCCCUCCUCAGACACUUCCUACUCCCCAGACGCUUCCCCCUCCUCAGACGCUUCCCUCUCCUCAGACGCUUCCUACUCCCCAGACACUUCCCUCUCCCCAGACACUUCCCUCUCCUCAGACGCUUCCCACUCCUCAGACGCUUCCCUCUCCUCAGACGCUUCCUGCUCCCCAGACGCUUCCCUCUCCUCAGACGCUUCCCUCGCCUCAGACACUUCCCUCUCCUCAGACGCUUCCCUCUCCUCAGACGCUUCCCUCUCCUCAGACGCUUCCCUCUCCUCAGACGCUUCCCUCUCCUCAGACGCUUCCCUCUCCUCAGACGCUUCCCUCUCCUCAGACGCUUCCCUCUCCUCAGACGCUUCCCUCUCCUCAGACGCUUCCCUCUCCCCAGACACUUCCCUCUCCUCAGACGCUUCCCUCUCCCCAGACGCUUCCCUCUCCUCAGACGCUUCCCUCCCCUCAGACACUUCCCUCUCCUCAGACACUUCCCCCUCCCCAGACGCUUCCCGCCCCUCAGACGCUUCUCCCUCCUUAGACGCUUCCCUCUCCUCAGACACUUCCCUCUCCUCAGACGCUCCCUCUCCCCAGACGCUUCCCUCUCCUCAGACGCUUCCCUCUCCCCAGACACUUCCCUCUCCUCAGACACUUCCCUCUCCCCAGACACUUCCCUCUCCUCAGACGCUUCCCUCUCCCCAGACACUUCCCUCUCCCCAGACACUUCCCUCUCCUCUGACGCUUCCCCCUCCCAGACGCUUCCCCCUCCUCAGACACUUCCUACUCCCCAGACGCUUCCCCCUCCUCAGACGCUUCCCUCUCCUCAGACGCUUCCUACUCCCCAGACACUUCCCUCUCCCCAGACACUUCCCUCUCCCCAGACACUUCCCUCUCCUCAGACGCUUCCCCCUCCCCAGACGCUUCCCCCUCCUCAGACACUUCCUUCUCCCCAGACGCUUCCCCCUCCUCAGACGCUUCCCUCUCCUCAGACGCUUCCUACUCCCCAGACACUUCCCUCUCCCCAGACACUUCCCUCUCCCCAGACACUUCCCUCUCCUCAGACGCUUCCCUCUCCCCAGACGCUUCCCUCUCCUCAGACACCUCCCUCUCCUCAGACACUUCCCUCUCCUCAGACGCUUCCCUCCCCUCAGACACUUCCUUCACCCCAGACACUUCCCUCUCCUCAGACGCUUCCCUCUCCCCAGACACUUCCCUCUCCUCAGACGCUUCCCUCUCCCCAGACACUUCCCUCUCCUCAGACGCUACUCUCUCCUCAGACACUUCCCUCUCCUCAGACGCUUCCUUCUCCCCAGACGCUUCCCUCUCCUCAGACACUUCCCACUCCCCAGACGCUUCCCUCUCCUCAGACACUUCCCUCUCCCCAGACACUUCCCUCUCCUCAGACGCUUCCCUCUCCCCAGACUCUUCCCUCUCCCCAGACACUUCCCUCUCCUCUGACGCUUCCCCCCCCCCAGACGCUUCCCCCUCCUCAGACACUUCCUACUCCCCAGACGCUUCCCCCUCCUUAG